GCAGGAGGUGGGAUGGGCUGAUCCUUCAGGCCCCUUCCAAACCAGUCCAUGGUGGGGUUCUGUGGUGUGGGUCCCUGACUAUGACACAGUCUCUUGGUGGCCGUGCUGUGGCACAGCCCUCUGUGACACGGCAGGCCCCGGCAGCGCCCCGGCCUUGCUUGCCCGGUGCCCCCAGGCCGUCAUGGUUCACCAUGGCACUUCUCACAUGCUCCAUGUGCUCCCUGCUCCUGCUGGCAUUGCUGCUGGCAGCGGCUCCGUGCCCGGCUCAGGCUGGGAAGCCCUUUGGACACCGCUGCAGCUCCCCACGGCAGGGGCUGCUGGACUGUCGCCACGCCGGGCUGACCACCGUGCCCCCGGCCACCAGCACGUGGCCCCUGGACAUGCUGGAUUUCACUGACAACUCUAUUUCGACCUUGGGACCGCAAACGUGGAAGGAAUACCAGUGGGCUGAGACCUUAAUCCUCAAGGACAACGAGCUGCAGGCAGUGAAGAGGUAUUCCCUGGAAGGGCUGUUCCUGCUGAAGCACCUGGAUUUAUCUGGCAAUGACAUCAAGUCCAUUGAGGAACAUGCCUUUGAGCCACUGCCUUUUCUGGAGCAUCUAAACCUGUCUGGGAAUCAGCUCACCCUGAUCCCCAGUGGUGCUUUCGAGGCCUGGCAUGGGAUGCAGUUUCUGCGGGAGCUGAUCCUAAGCCAUAACCCCCUGACCCUCAUUGCUGACACAGCAUUCUUCAAGCUGCCUUCCAUCAACUAUCUGGACCUGAGCGAAACACAAGUGUCUGCACAGACACUGCUCCUGCUCCUGCAGACAACAUCCCAUCUGGAGACACUCAAAGUGCCCCGUACCGUGUCCUGCUGCCUCUGCAAGGAACAUGGCACCGUCGAGACCCCGUGCAGGACCAUCCAGUUCCUCUGUGAGAACCUGUGUGACACCAGCACUGCCCAGUGUGGUUCUCCAGCCCAGAAACGGGCAGAAAUAAGGGGAGUAGCACAGCCUGGACAACUCAGAAGCAGCUCGGUGCUGUACGUCAAACCCAAGGACAUUCCCCCGGCACACCAUGGGUCCGUGACGUUUGCAGUGGCUCGGAAGCAGGCCAGCACCAGGGGUGACCUCAGCAGCCAGGGAGAUUCCCGAGCAGACUCGUAUUCCUCCCAGCACCUCUCCAGCCAGGGAAGGAAAGCCAUCGACGAGCUGCUGGUGAAGCUGCACAACAUUCAGAACAGGGGCUGGACCGGAGACGUGGACAGCAAACCCGAUUUUCUGGCAGAGCAGCUGGCGGCUGAGCUCCAGAGCCAGCAGCCCGAUGCUCAGAGCACCCUGGCUGUGGCAAACACCGUCCCAUGGCAGCCAGCGCCCGCCAGGCGCAACGUGCAGAAGUUCCCAGCAGUGGAGGGAAAGCAAACCACAGGCUGGGAGCAAAAGCAGCUCGAGUCAGGCUUGAACUGGCCAAUCUUAAACCGCUGGGACGUAGCUGGUGGGUCAACCCCCCCGGAUGACAACGCUGCCUUCGGACAUCACAGUGCAAAGGAAGCAGCAGCUCCCCGAAGGAGCUCUGUCCAGAGGUACCAGCGCAGGCAGAGGGACACCGGCUAUCAGCUGCCAUACAACCCCCUUUUCUACGAGGUGUCUGGUGAUGUGCAGGGAGAGGAAGAGCCCACGCCAGGAGAAAGCAAAGGUCUAGACAGAAAGCCGGAGAAUCUCUUGGACCUGUGGCUCAAGAGCCACCCUGAGGAUGGCGCUGAAGAAGAGCGUUCCUCUCUCGGGGAAUCCGGGAAGCAAGGAGAGGCAAGGUCCGGGCUUGCCAAAGAGGCAGGAGGCUCCCAGAGCCCCGGCCGUGCUCCAGCUGCAGCAGAGCUCCUGGAGGUCAGGGCUGAGCAUCCCCUGCCCUCGGGGGUGCCGGACGAGGCCCUGCAGGCGUUCAUCGCCCGCGUGACAGAAGCCCUGAGGGCAGAGUGCAGCCAGCUCGACCUGCAGCUGCUCUGUGCCAGGAUGGUGUCCGAGGCUGGGCUGCUGGCAAAGAGGCUCAGCCCCAGGCAGGACAGCCAGGGAGUCUCUGCUCUCACACGGCAGUGUCUGCAGCUGGCCUUGGAGAUGGGCAAGGAGUCCGCAGGAAAGCACAAUGCAGGGCUCAACCACUCCAUAGUCACCAGGCUAUUGGUGUUUGUUAUCAUCAUGAUCUUCGCCAUCAUCUUCGUCCUCAUCAUGAUCAUGUUAUAUUUAGUCCAGACUCACUGCUGGGAACGUUCUGAGGAUGUUUGGCAGGACACUGUGAAAUCCCCCCUGAGCAGGUUCUUCGAGAAGCUGCGAUACGGAGAGCUCAGGGACAUGCUCAGCUGUGCCUUUGGCGGAGAGGGCGAAGAGCGGGCAAGGAACGUGCGCCAGGGCUACCCCUCUGCCUGCUGCCCCUCAGCUCUCCAGAGCGUUCCCGUCGCUGGUGGCCACACAGAGGACACGGGUGAAUUCAAAAAGUUUGAGGAGAAGGUCAUGCUCCUCAUGGAGCAGGACUCUCGGGCGCUCCGGCUGUACGACUGGCACAGGCAGAGACGGGACAAUGUGGAAGCUGAAGCAGCAGAGGAGACCGACUCGGAGCAGCAGGAUGAGUGAGGGAACGUCACCAGCUGAAGACGAGAUCCCUCAGCCCAGUCCCUCUGCUGCAUCCCAAGGCCCGGCACAGCCGCCAUAGGCCCCAUAGAACCCCACAGGCCCCAUACCUCCAUAGGCCCCAUAGACCCCCCCAUAGGCCCCAUACCCCCAUAGGCCCCAUAGACCCCCCAUAGACCUCAUAGACCCCCAUAGACCCCAUUGACCCCCAUAGGCCCCAUAAGCGUCAUAGACCCCAUAGGCUUCAUAGACCCCCCCUAGGCCCCAUAGACCCCCAUAGGCCCCAUAGGCUUCAUAGGCCCCAUAGCCCCAACAGUCCCCAUAGCUCUCAAAGCACCCAUAGCCCUCAGAGCCCCCCCAAGGCCCCAUAGCCCUCCCAAGCCCCCAUCAGACCCCAGAGCUGCCAGAGUCCUGAUCUCCCUCAGAAGCCUCCGCAUCCCUCCCAGCCGUGGAACGCCCGUUUUGUUAGUCCAAGAUAAAAGUGUCUGAAGGAUGCCGA